AUCAUUUAACGACUGACAUCGUCCCAAACCCACUAAGAAAUGGCAGCUAAGUUGUUCGUCAUCCUCGCCUUCGUGGCUGCGACUCAAGCGUCGAUACUUGCGACCUCUCAAGACAACGACUAUACAAGCUUCGCAUACGAUGUCGCUGAUCCUAACACUGGUGACUACAAGAGUCAAGUAGAGUCAAGAAUCGGAGGCACAGUCAAAGGUCAAUACUCCUUAAUCGACCCUGAUGGCACCAAACGUAUCGUUGACUACACCGCUGAUGAUAUUAACGGAUUCAACGCAGUCGUCAGGAAGGAACCGAUUGUUACUCAAGCAGUAGUUCCUGUAUCUCCUGCCAUAAUUCCCGCCGUGAAAUCAGUUGUAUCCACUCCAUUACGUUCCAUUUCUUCGCCAGCGGUCUACUCUGUAGGAUCUCCACGGUACUACACCGCCUCUCCAAGUGUCUACAACGCUAGGAGUUACGUCGCACCUUACUAUUAUCCGCGUUCUACCACCUACAAUUCUUAUGCUGCCCCAUUGAAUUAUUAUUAUUAAAUAAUCAACACUUCUUGCGAUGUAAAUAUGUAAAAUAUUUG